ACAAUUGGGAUAACCCCAGGCGAGUGGAAUAUAAAAUAAAGAUAUGCUGCUGUUUUGAUUCAGUCGAACCGUGCGAGUGAGAAGUCGUCAUCUACAAAUAUAUAUAUAUAUAUAUAUAUAUAUAUAUAUAUAUAAAUAUAUAUGCGUUAAUAGUGCUUUGUAUACUUGAGAUAAUGAAUUAUAAACUGUUAAUAUUGCCAAUAUUGGUGAUAUUGCAUCUAAAUGGAGUCUUCGGUGCCCCGGGUGAUGUUAGUUUUAUAGUAUCAUCAACUGAGACAACCAAAGAAGGAGAAAAUAAGGCUGACAACAAUAACAAUGAACCUAUUAUUUAUGCAAUGGAUAUAAAUACGAACGUUGCGAACCGUUAUGCAAAAACAUUGAUAACGAGUAAAGUGAAAAAUCCUGCGACAUCUGCGAAAGAAGCUACGUUUUCUGUAGUUUUACCAAAAAAAGCUUUUAUUUCAGAAUUUGUUAUGCAAAUCGGAGGGAAAAACUACAAAGCUUACGUUAAAGAGAAGGAAGAAGCAAAACAUAUAUACGAUGAAGCCGUCGCCAGUGGGCAAAGCGCAGCUCACGUAGCAGUGAGUGCUAGAGACUCCAACACAUUCACAGUGUCAGUUAAUGUCGAAGGAGAAGCUAAAGCUACAUUUUUCUUAACUUAUGAAGAGCUUCUAGAAAGAAAAGAUGAAAAAUACGAAGUGGUUCUGAACAUCCACCCUGGACAAGUUGUUGAUGAUUUAAAUGUAAAAGUUUUCAUCAACGAAACGAGAGCUCUUCGUUUCGUUGAGACACCUUCGUUAAGAUCUGGAAAUGAAAUUAGUAAAAACGAUGAUCAACUCAAACCAAAUUCUAAUAUUGAAAUUGUCAAUUCCACUACUGCUGUUGUAAAAUUCCAUCCGGAUGCUGAAGCGCAAAAAGAAUUUGGAAAGAAACUUAUUGGUAAAGAAUCUGAAGGUUUAUCUGGUCAAUUCAUCGUGCAAUAUGACGUUGAACGUGAUCCUUUUGGAGGAGAGGUUUUGUUGCAAGAUGGUUAUUUUGUUCAUUUCUUUGCGCCUAAAGACGCAGAAACCCUUCCUAAAAACAUUUACUUCAUCUUGGAUACUAGUUCUAGUAUGUACGGAGUGAAAAUUCAACAUUUAAAAGACGCCAUGUCUAGUAUCUUGAACGAAAUUAAACCGGAAGAUACUUUAUCCAUCGUAGAAUUUAAUAGCGAAAUAUUCGUCUGGAAUAUAGAACAUCAAAACACCGUUCCAGUUAAUUACAACAAUUAUCAAGAGCCUUUCGAACAACUUAAUAAGAAUGAUUUGCCAGGACCAAUUCAAGCCACAAAAGAAGCUAUUGAAAAAGCGAGAAAUCUAGUUAACAAGAUGGUAGCUACUGGAGGUACUUUCAUGAUCGGAGGUCUUGAAGUUGGUUUGUAUCUUGCUAAGACCCAAAAAGAAAGAGUUAAAGACACCGAUGACAAAAAACAACCAAUUAUUAUUUUCUUAACAGAUGGACAACCAAAUAUUGGAGUGCACUCUACUAACGAAAUAACCAAACUAACAACUCGAUUGAACAAAGACAUUAACGCUCCUAUUUUCUCUCUCUCAUUCGGAGAGGGAGCUGAUAAAUCGUUCUUAAGAAAGAUUUCAUUGGAAAAUACAGGAUUUUCCAGGCAUAUAUAUGAUGCAGCUGAUGCUUCUCUCCAAUUACAAGAUUUUUAUAAACAAGUGUCAUCUCCUUUAUUAUCGAAAGUUCAUUUCAAGUACGCCGCAGAAGCUAAAGAAGUAACCAAGACUGAUUUUCCAAUUUAUUUCCGUGGCGGAGAACUAGUUAUUUCCGGAUGCUAUAGCGGUUCCACUUUCAGCCCCAUUGUAGACGCAGUAGGUCCAAGAGGUCCAAUAACAUGGAAGCCUAAAAUUCAAGAACCUGUUACGUCUUUGGAAAGACUGUGGGCUUAUUUGACAGUUAGAGAAACUUUGGAUGAAAGAGAAAUUACUGAAGAUAACGACAAAAAGUCAGCAUUAACCAAAAAAGCAUUGAAAAUUGCUCUCAAAUACUCUUUUGUAACUGAUAUAACUUCUCUAGUUGUUGUUAGACCAAACGUUACUAAUCCUAUUGAAACAAGACCAUGGCCAAGACGUCGUAUAACACCCUACCUUUACAAUAUGAGAGCAGAUCAGGUUCAUCAUAGUUCUUUCGAUGGUUAUUCAAAACACUCAUAUAUAGCGGCCAUGCCUACAGCUCAAAGUGAGUAUGAAGAUUCGGAUGUAGAUACUAGAAGUUAUCUCUCUGCAAAACCACUCAUGUUCCGUAGUAGCACUAAGAAAAAAAUCAGUAUUUUCCCACAUAGUUUAUCUGCAGGCCGAUUCAAUUAUUAUACGACACCCCGAUUACCCCCAUCACCACCUACAUCAACAACAGAAGUACCGAAGAAUACAACUGUAGCUGAAUCAUUGAAAUGGUUGUCAUCAGCUUUAAAUGCGAAUGGUACACUCACUCUACCAUCAGGUACACUGAAAAUAGGUGAUGAAUCUCUCAAUUUUACCCCGACUAAUACAUGUGCUAAGACUCCAAAGGGCACUGAAGGUGGUUUAUGUACUUUAAUCAAAGACUGCCCGGAAGUUUUUUCGGAUUUGACUGAUUUUGAAACUUAUAAACAAUACUCUUGUCCCGUGCAAAAUGAGUAUGCUGGUGUUUGCUGUCCUAAAAAAACUGUUUCAGCUUAAAAAAGAUAUGACCUUUAUUGAAUGUCAACAACAAUUUUAAUAUAUUUUUAAUAAAAAAAUAGUUUGCAA